UAUCAUUAUAUAUGGUGUAAGAGAGAAGAAAUAGAGAGAGAGAGAGAUGGAGGCCAUGACAAAGAUGAGUGGCUGUAUUAGUUCUGAUAAUUAUGAUAAGGAUGAGGAAGUGAUACUUCCGGGUUUCCGAUUUCACCCCACAGAUGAAGAGCUUGUUGGGUUCUAUCUGCGGCGGAAGGUGGAAAAGAAACGAAUUGGUAUUGAACUCAUCAAACAGAUUGAUAUCUACAAAUACGAUCCAUGGGAUCUUCCAAUUAGCACUGCAGAGGACAAAGAGUGGUAUUUCUUCUGCUUAAGAGGGAGAAAGUACAGGAACAGCGUAAGACCUAAUAGGGUGACACGAUCUGGAUUUUGGAAGGCCACUGGUAUUGACAAGCCCAUAUAUUCAGACAAAGAAACACAUGAGUGCAUCGGUCUCAAGAAAUGCUUGGUAUACUACCGGGGAAGUGCUGGAAAAGGCACAAAAACUGAUUGGAUGAUGCAUGAAUUUCGCCUUCCACCAAACGGGAAGACUACAAAUCCCCUCAACGCUAGGAACAUUGCGCAAGAAGCUGAGGUUUGGACACUCUGUCGAAUUCUGAAACGAAUCCCAUCCUACAAAAAGUACGUAGCUGCAGUACCAGCAACUGAACAAAAACCCAUUAACUGUGAUUCAAAUUCAAAAUCAUGCAGCUUUGAAUCUGAAACCAGUACUGAGCAGGAUGUAAGUUUUGGAGACUCAUUUGUUCAAAGAAAUGAAAGGAAGCCUGUCACCAUAGACCAAGUUGACCAUGAAAGGAAUAACCUUUUUAUGGGUGGUCAAUAUGAUUCAGUAACUGAAGCUCCAUUUACAGCAGCUUACCAGGGCUUUCGGAACACAGGUAUUGGAGAUGAUUUCUUCGUUAAUGGAAACUGGGAUGACCUAAGAACAGUGGUUGAGCUAGCCAUCGAUCCAGCUCAAGUUCCUGACGAAUGUAGAUGGUAGAUAUAUGUACUUUUCUUUCCUAUGAUUAGGGAUUUAGAAACUCUAAAAGCAUACGAUGGCUUAGUAUUAAAUUUUUUACAUUUUUUUUUUCUAAGUUUAACCGAACUGGUGUCUUAUAUGCAGAUUUCACCUUUCCUUUCCUUUUAUUUUAUUUUUUGGUUGGAUUUAUAA